UUUACUGAAUUCGUAUCAAAUCCCUGGGGUAUGAUUAGGAUAUGAAAAAAGAUUGCAUCUUUAUUUACACAAAAUAAAAAAUUAAAUAAAAAAUAAAAAAAAUGUAAACAAAACUGACCACUAUGAAUGAAAUAGUUGAACUAGAUUACUUGCAAAACGAUUGGACAAAACAUUUUGAUUGACAGGGCUCACAAAAUUGGGUUACACCGCCUUUCAAUUGAUGAAGGAACAUGGCGCCGUGCAUGGAGGUCCAGGAAAGUGUAGCCAAGAAUACGUCGCUCUCCGCCGCGUUAAACCAGUAAAGCAUUUCCACAGUCGUUUUCAACGUACAGAAGACGGAAAAGGUACAUGUUUCCUUACGAUGUAGUGAGGAAGCGGGUGCCACUAAAACCGAUCUACCUCAUGAACUGUUCGAUAUACCUCGCAUAUGGCCGCAUAUUCGGAUGCGAUCGCGGGAGAACAGAUGGUCUGCCCACUGUGUCUCAACCAGGCAGACGAUAUUCGCAUGUUACCAUGUUUGCAUUCGUUUUGUCGAAGAUGUUUGCAAAGGGCGAUUACUCGGGACCACUGUCCAUCUCAAACAUCGAGCGAGCCCAAAGACGUUUUGGAGUGUCCAACUUGUGGCCAAACGGUGACUUUGAAUUCUGCAGGAGUAGACACCUUCCCUUCCAAUCAGUUUAUCUCUAAUAUUUUUGAUGUCAUGGUUCCACAGCAAACGGAGUUUGAAAACGGAGAAACUGAGCGUGCAAUUACUGGGCCAAGAUGGUGCAGUUCGUGUGAUGAAGGUAGCAAAGCUUCAUCAGUGUGUAAAAAUUGUAACGAAUACUUGUGUGAUCAUUGUGUCAAAGCUCAUCAGCGUGUUAGACUCACCAAAGACCAUUAUAUAGAACGCUUUGCUUUGGAUAGCAUAAGUCUGCAUUUUCGUUCCCCUCAUCCUACCCAGCUACUUUCCCCUACCAUUCAGUCCCCUUCCAUGCAACAUCAGAGCAUCACUGAUAGGCUAAAUCAUCACUGUUGUAAGCAUGAACAGGAGGUACUUCGGCUGUACUGUGACACGUGUUCACAAGCAAUUUGUCGUGAAUGUACGAUGAUGGAUCAUGUUGGGCAUAGCUUCAUAUACCUCCAAGAUGCAAUAGAAAAUUCCAAAAUUGUUACACAAAGGUUACUUACUGAUGCAAAAACAGGUAUUAAAGCACUAGAGGAGAGCAUAGCACUUACUCAGGGAAUGGCGGAACGGGUUGAAAUGCGAGCACAAGCAGUGGCUACUGAUGUCAGAAAUAUUGUGAGAAGGCACAUGUCUGCUCUGGAAGAGCGAGAACGAGAUCUACUGCGGCGUGUGGAAAAAAUACGUCAAGUCAAAGGGAAAUCACUCCAUUUACAAGUGGAUGACCUACGUCUUGGGUUAAGUUCUCUGUUGCAAACAGUGGAUGAAGUUGAAAAUUUGAUACAUACGGGUAAUGACUUGGACAUUUUAAAAACCAGGGACAAGAUGGUAACUGAAAUGCAAAAUGUACGAAAGUUGAGAGGACACCUCCAACCACAUGAAGAUGAUAGUAUUUUGUUCACCCCACCAGAUGCAGCGUUAUUUAAUGCUGUUAGUAAAAUGGGAAUAAUUACAAGUAGUGCUUAUGCUCCGAACUGCUUUGCAACUGGGGAUGGACUGAAGAAGGCUCUAAAGGGCAAAGGGGCAUUUUUUGUUAUCCAUACCAAAGACCAUCAUGGGGAUCCUAGAAUUUUGGGAGGAGAUCCAGUGGAGUGUAUCAUCCAAAGUCCAGAGGGUGCACUUUAUCGAACAGAUGUCAUGGAUCGUCAAAAUGGGACAUACACCAUUACAUAUCGACCACAGAUGGAGGGACAGCAUUUAAUCUCUGUUGUCAUACGAGGAAAACACAUUAAAGAAAGCCCAUUUGUAGUGAAUGUGCGAAGUGGGCGGAACUAUAAUGCUGUUGGAAAUUUGUUGCUGCAGUUCGGAUCGGAGGGGGAAACUGAAGGGAUGCUUUGUCGGCCAUGGGGAGUAUGUUGCGACAAAGAUGGAUACAUCAUAGUGGCUGAUCGAAGCAAUAAUCGCAUCCAAAUUUUCAAACCGGAUGGUCAGUAUCAUAGAAAAUUUGGUUCAUCUGGCACUAGGAAUGGACAGUUUGAUCGUCCAGCUGGAGUUGCAGUGGAUCUUCAUAAUAGAAUAGUGGUUGCAGACAAGGAUAACCAUCGUAUACAAAUCUUUGACGUGGAAGGCAGUUUUAUAUUGAAGUUUGGAGAGAAAGGAAAUAAGAAUGGACAGUUCAAUUAUCCAUGGGAUGUUGCUGUUAGUGGAGAGGGAAAACUGUUAGUUUCGGAUACAAGAAACCAUCGUGUGCAACUAUUCACACAAGAUGGUCAAUUCAUCAACAAAUAUGGCUUUGAGGGAUCUUUGUGGAAGCACUUCGACUCUCCAAGAGGGGUGUGCUUCAACAAUGAAGGUCAAAUGGUUGUCACAGACUUUAACAAUCAUAGACUCUUGGUAAUACAUCCUGAUUUUCAAACUGCAAGAUUUCUUGGAACAGAAGGAAGUUCAAACGGACAGUUUCUUCGUCCACAAGGUGUAGCUGUUGAUCAAGAAGGAAACAUUAUUGUUGCUGACUCCAAGAACCACCGUGUGCAAAUCUUUCAACCAAAUGGAAAUUUUCUUGGCAAGUUUGGAACCAAUGGAACUGGACCCGGGCAGCUCGACAGGCCUUCUGGUAUAUGUGUGUCGCCAGAAGGCCUUAUCAUUGUUGUGGAUUUCGGUAAUAACCGUGUACAGGUCUUCUAAGAAACCCAUUUCAUGGCUUUCUUCCUGUAAGGAAGAGCUUGUGUACUUUUUCAUUUGUGAAUUGCUCAGGUCAGUCCAUUUUAUUUUGCUAUCUAUCUCAGGAUUAAGUACAAAAUGCCAAAGGCAAAUGUUAUUACACAUUUAAGCUCAGGGAUUUUGCUGUAAGUGUAUCUGCCUGUAGUAUAUUAUACUGCAGAAAUGUAGCUGCUAGUGUGGAUAUUAUUUAUUGGCUUGUAUGCUUUGGUAGAUGAUCCGCCAUGUAUACCUGUAGAGUAUUUGCGUUGUCCAUGAUAAAAUGUAUCUUUGAUUGUAGCCAGUUGUAUGCAUAUAUAAUUAUGUUUUGUACGUCAGUGAUAAUGCUAGUAAAGUUAACAAUAUUUCCUUUAAGUAAACAAGUUUAUAAAAGUACAGUGACAUUGGUCAGCAGAUUGUAAUCUAUCACACUAGAUAAAGGUCACUUCAGGUGCAGUACAAAGUGUGUGUGGAAGAAAAAAAAAAAUGUCAUUUGAUAACCUGGAGCAAAAAUAGUUUUCAUGUUGUGAAACUUUGAUUAAAUGGACAAUGGUAUAAACACUGUACAGACAGAAACAAGGGGAGCCCCCCCUGGAGGAAAUAUUGAUUUGUCCAAUCUGGUCAGAUUGUUUUGAUGCAUUUGCUGUGGUAACACUGGCUAGUAAGAUGACCAGAGCUGACCACAGGAACAAGCCUUGUAUAACAUUAUGUAAUGUGACAGAUGUGUAGUGUUAUCAAUGUCUGCAGUACUCAGCAAAGUUAUUAGUCAAAUGUGUGUUGCACACAUUGGUUAGCUAUCCAAUUUUAAUGCAUGGUCUUAGAUCUUUGGAACUGUUUGACAUGUAAAUAUUGUGGUUACUUUGAAAUUAUUAUUUUGUGUAUCACAUGUCUUAAGAAUUUGUAGAGUAGGCAAGUUAGUCAGAUGAAAAUGAGGAACAAACCGAUCAUAACUAAUCACUCAGAUCAGAAAUCAGGAUUACUAUACACAGCACACACAGUGUCAAAUAUUGAGUCAUAAAGGGGGUUGAUUUUACAGAAAAUAAAGAACAGAAUAUUAGAUAGGAAGGGAAAAAUGACAAAGUUUGAUAUGAGAAUCAUUAAAAAAAUUUGCAGCAAUUUCUAGUCCUAAGUGCACAGACUGGCAAAUGAUCUGUUGAUAAGUUAUGUUUGAUUUAAUGUUUGUGGAGUUCAAUGACUCUUUUUGGUAAAAAUGUCCCUUUUUUUCUUUUAUAUGUAUUUCAAAAAUACAUUAAAAUUUUUUUGACCGGUGCAAGAUUCAGGUACAAAGUAUUAUGGAUCAUUUUAAAACCAGUGUUUAUACAAAGCAGAACUUUUUGUCUGCUUAGAAAAAUUCAUAUUACUGUAUUUUUUACUUUGGUCAGAUUGCUGAUGGAGUUUAGCUACUGAAAAAAGUCCUUUUAGUCUAUGUGGCAUAUUGUGUAAAGUUGUCAAAUAGAAAUUUGUGAAUAUAACAUUGUAAAUUACCAUACUACAAAAAGGCCCAAAUUAACACUUGCCCAGUAAUCACUAAAUAUGAUUAAUGACAGGGGGAAACCAGAAUAAAUAAACCAAACUUUAUCCCUUAAACUUUACAGGAUUUAGGAAGGAUUAGACUUAGUUUUUAUAUCAAGUAUAAAAAAAUCAAUAAAGGGAUAGUCUAAUCAUAUCCAUAUGUAUGGUCCAGUUGGCCACCUGAAGUGAAUGGGUCAGGAAUAGGAGGCUGGACACAGGGGAUUGUUUUCUGAUUAUUAAGAUAUUCUAAGUUUUUUUAUUGGUCAUAUUAACACCAAAAAAAUUGAAUUAAAUUCACUCCACUAUGGUGUAAAUAGUACAGUUUAAGAAUCAUAUCCGGUGAUCAAUAUUGUAAUUCUUCCUUAUAAACCCCACUGUGAUGGAGUAGAAGUAUGUCAGGAUGGUAUUCAAUUCAAAGGUGUGAAAUACAAUGCUAGAAGGAAGCAAAUGGCUUAUCUGCACUAGUAAAUAGUAACCUCAAAAUCCAUCAGCUGUGACUAAUGACGCCUUUAAAUGCAUGCAUAAAAAGACCAAAUUAUGUACAUUUUUGGGUGUCAUUUUUUGCAUAAUUUUCAAACCAAGAGUAGAAUCUGCUUAUGAAUGUUUUUCAUUUCUUCAACAAAAUCAAGGAGAUAAGAAAAUUUGGACAGGUGAAUAGCCUGGUUAAGAUGUUGAUAUGGAUAUGUAUCGUGAAUCGUGUUAUUUCUGCUCUAUAUAGAUUUUGAGCAAUUUUGCUGGUGUACUGAGUUUACUAAAAGACUUGCACAGAAAUGAGACAAGUUAUUGUUUGUCAUUCAUUUGAAAGCAUUUAUCAUGUACAAAAACAAAUCUAUAGCAAUUUAGCUAGGGGGAAAAUCUCUGCAGAAAUAUCUAGAUUUACGGUAUAAGAAAUGUGUAGUUUUAUGAACAGUUCAACACUUACUUUCAGGAAGUCUCUCUUUGAAAGGUUUUAAUCCAUAUACACUUGAUAUUACCUCAUGUGUUGAAAAAUAAAGUAUGAGAGAGUUGGGAAAAAUACCUCAUUUUUGACAUAAUGUGUAAAGCAAUACGUUUUAUGUUGAAUAUAAAUCUUCAUGUUGUCUACAUUAGGAGGAUUUGUGUUUUUUCGGGCAUGUUUGGAAGGAUUGGGUCAGUGUUAGAAAGAAAUACAUGUAAUGCCAGUUCCGUUCCUUGUUGUUACAAUACAUUGGUCUAUAUGUACUAUGUAUACCCAAUAUUAGUCUUAGAGCUGUAUAGGGUAAUGCUCUUAAUGAAAUUCAGGAUGUAUGGGGAUUUAUUGGCCAAAUCUACAAAACAAAAAUUAGAAGUACAGGUAAUUAUUAUCUUCUGUGUGUUAGUUAUAAUGUUGUCAUUAUUUAGAAAAAUGCAUUAAUAAUUCUUUAUUUCAGGGUCAUGUGAGUCUGGUUCACAUGCUGUUUUUCAUAGGUCCAUGCUAUAUUUCUAAGACUAGUUAAAUUGUUGUACUUAAACUUUGUGCUUAUGUGAUAUUAUGUAAAUUUUGUAUUAACUUUGCUACCUCAUGCUUCAUCAAAUCCUUCAAGAUUUACAAACAUAUUUAUUGCCUCUUCCAGUUUUUAGGUCACCAGAUAUUUAUAUAUAGAUUGAAAACAAAAUGGAUAAAUGGGUCACCUGAACUAAAGGCUCAAGUGAGUUCCGAUUAAAAAUUUCCUGUCGUACUCAUACAUCUUUUCCAGGUGUCUGUAAACUUCACAUUUUUUAUUUCUUCUCAAGAACCACCUGGCAAAUUUUAACCCAAACUUGCUACAAUGCAUCCUUUUGAUUAGUGGAAGCUCCUUUCCAAGGGGAGAUAAGUAAGAAAUAGUAAAAAAGGGAUUGGAUACUUAUAAAAUCUUUUUGAGAACAAAACCAAAACAAAUCUCUCUCUCUAUAUAUAUAAUUAGGGCUAUACGGACGGUGGAUAUCCUGGUUAGCUCAGUGGUUGGAGCACCGGACUAGUAAUGAAGUGGUCCCGGGUUCGAUUCCCGGUCCAACCAAAGAUUUUCUCUCUCCUACAUAUACUACAUUCAUAUGUAUACUACAUAGUUAUUUAUACUACAAUAUAUAUAUUUUAAAAAUCUGAACUUUUUGAAAUUUACAAGUAAUCAAAUUAGUGAAGAAGCCUCUUCAUAUAGUAAUUAUUAGGUUUGUUGAUACCAUGAGGGCCGGGGCAGGGCCACAGUAGAGGGUUAAAGUUAGCAUGUUGUACACAGGAAAUAUAUUUAAAAAUCUUUUAUUUCAAGAACCAACAAGGACUGAGAUUGUUGUGCAAGCAUCUUCAUAUAGCAUAGUUUCACAUUUGUUUGUGCCAUUAUCCUUUGGAUCAGGGCAGAGCCACAAAUGGGUUCAAAGUUUGGUUAUAUAUAUUUAUAUUAAUGUAAUAGUUGUUAAAUUGAUAUGCAAACAACCUCAUAAAGCCUAGCAUGUUCACUCCAGACUUCUUGGUACUUAGAUGAGUGAUGUGGCCCAUGGGUCUUUUGUUGUGUAGAGCUGGAACUUGGCCUAAUGCAUUCAACAGUUCAAUAAUUUGCGCAAGUAAUUGAAAUGUGUUCUUUAUAAGAGCUUAAUAUCACAAGGUUUUGUUUUCAUCCCUCUCAGUAUGCAGUGAUCUGAAUUCUUCCUUUUUAUCUGAGCCAUAGGUUCAAGCUAGCUUUACUGAUCAAAUCUGUUGUUUUUAUGUUGUGGUCAACUUUCACAUGCCAAUUUCUUCUGAACUGCAACACUAUUUGUGACCAAACUCUACAUAAAUCAUCCUGAGGUUAAGGGGAUUCAAAUUUGCUCAAACAAAGGGCCAAGCUCGUUUCUGGGGGGGGGGGGGUAAUUAAGAAAUGGGUUGAGUCUUCUCAAGAACUGCCAGAAUUCAAGUUUGUUAAAUCAAUGACUGCCAGGAUUAAGAUGUAGUUUGAAUAGGACCUUGAAAAUGUACAUAGACAUGUAAGGAAAAAUCUUUAAACUAAAUAAAAAAUUUUUAUUCUAUGCAAAAAUCCAGUGUAAUAAAGAUUCAGGAUUGUGGAAAUCAUAUCGAAAGAGUCAGGAUGGAGCUGCAAUAGGGAUUCAGAUAUUUACAUAGGUAUACAUAGUAAACCAUUGGUACAUUUUGUGGAAUUUAUACAUGUAAACGGGCAUCUUCAACACCAUGACCCAUACUUCCAGGGUGGAACUAGGUUAUAAAUUCAAAGAAUCACAAGGGGGGAAAAGUCCAUUAAAUAUGCAAACAUCAUGCAAUGUAAAUUGAAGAUCAGUCAGAGGAUGCACAAUGGAAGAUCAGAUGAGCAUUUUAGAAUAUGGGCCUGUUGUUUUAAAACCUCAUACUUGCACUUAUUAUCUAAACUUGCCUAGAUUACAAUAACUUUGGGGUACUCCCGUCUGUCUCGUAGCUUUUCCAUGCUUGUAUUGAUAAUAAAGGUCAUUUUUGUGCUUUGUAUAGAAAAUGUGUUAUUAUUUUUUCACAGCAUAUCAGAUAGCUUUGUAUUGUUUUAACUUUUUAAAAUUUGUUGAAAUUUUACACUAAAAGUAAAAUAUCCAAGCAAAUUUGUUAGGUGCUGAAACAAUGUAUAGUUUGCUAAAAUAGAAAGCAAAACAUUAAAAUCUUACAAUUUUUGAUAUAUUAGAUGUGCUUCACCAAAAUUCUAAACUUUUGUUUAUUCAUUGAAAAUGGUGUACAUGUAGUUGUAUUCAUUCUUUAUAAAGUUUGCAUGUUAUUGUUAUCAAAAGAUGUUUAUUUUGAUGGGAUAAAUUAGAAGUAGUUUUGUAUUUCAUAAUGUUUGUUCUUUGUUAACACUUGAUAAAAAGGUGUGGUUUUCAUGAUAAAAGCAGAGAAUGUACAGUGUUGACUAUAGGUAUAUGGUACAUUGUGGUGAUUUAUGCCUUGUUAAGAAAAACGGGUAAAUGUAAAGGUGAAGAUGUAUAUAUAUAUCACAGCAUUUCUUAGUUUGAUUUUUUUUUGUGGCACAUUACAUGUAUAUUUACUUUUGUAGUUAUUAGAAAAACUGAGUUUCAGUGAUAUACUUUUUUCAUUGUAACCCAAGUCACAGUCAGGAGCGAAAAUGAGUACUUGUAUAGAAGGAACGUCAUGAUUUAGAGCUUAAAAUAGGCAGCCAUACAUGUUACAAAUUGCCAACUCAAUGUAUAUUUAUUUUACAAAUUUGUUCAUAUUGCCCUGUUAUUUAGACCACAGGUUCAUAUUUUGGAAAUUGUGUUUUGUUUGGUCAUGGACCAACCUUUUUCAGCAACAUCUUUGUGAAUCCAAUUUCCAAAAAUAUAAGAAAAAGAUUAUCUCAAAGUUCCAGCGCAGUUUUUAAAUGUUGCAGAAAAUUGAGAAUUUGUUUUUUAACCGUUUAUGCAUUGUAUAUUCAACAGAAGUGUUCAAAUCCACUUUUUAAUCAUUCAAAAGUCCGUUUUUAUUUGCAUACAAUGCAGAUUUCCUCUAACUAGUGUUUAUGUACAUUUAUGAUGUGCUUUUUUUUACGUUUCAUAAGAUGAAGUAAAUGAUUUAACUCAGUGCUGCAAUAUAUGCUUGUUUGUAAAAUUCUUGUAUUGUGUAGAAUUCUACUGUGUUUAGAAGAUAUUCCUCACCUCACCACUUCUCGGAGUUUAGUGUAAAGUUAAAGCAUUUUUCACGGGAAUGGAACUACCUGUAUUUUAAAAUGUAACUUGUGUGGUGCUAACUUAUUUAUGAGAGGGAAAUCUUCUAAAUGGUCAGAUCUUUUCGUGCAGCGAGACAAUGAGCCAUGUUUUUGUCCGACAAGCUUUUCUUUUUGUGUGUUAUAUAUGUGACAUGUCACAUUAAACAAUAAAUUUUAUUCUUCUUUACCAUCAAA